AUGAGUGGAGGAGGGACGCCUUACAUCGGCAGCAAGAUUAGCCUCAUCUCAAAGGCCGGAAUCCGCUAUGAAGGCGUUUUGUACACUAUUGAUACAGUAAACUCGACUGUGGCUCUAGCGAAAGUUCGUUCUUUUGGGACUGAAGACAGGCCAACUGACAGACCUAUUCCUCCUCGAGAUGAGAUAUUUGAGUACAUCAUCUUUAGGGGCAGUGACAUCAAAGAUCUGACCGUCUGUGAGGCACCCAAAACUACUACCUCACCUCCACAUGAUCCUGCCAUUGUUCAAUCUUCACUUGGAUCUUCUGCAAGUGGAGGUGCAUCAUCACCUGCAUUUCAGUCUUCUGCUUCCUUCAGCAAUGUGCCUGUGGCACCUUACGCCCAAUUUGGAGUUGCCCAUCAAUUUGGAGCACCUCUUGCAGAACGUGUGAGUCCCCCGCCUAAUGUCUUGACACAAAAACCAACUCUAGAGCUGGGGAAACCACCUCAAUCUGCAGCUCCACCAGCACCAGUCGGGCAAAGGACUCAAAUGGUAACAUCGGUCUCCAAGACACCCACCUCUACUAUCAUCAACCAAAAGCCUCCAGAUCUAUUGGAACAGAGAAAACCAUUAGAUGUUCAGAAAUUGCCUGAGGCAGAAAAUUACACUGUCGCUGCUGAAAGCCAAGAAGCAAAGCGUCAUGCUGCUGCUACUCAGGCUGUACGACGGGGUCGUGGAAGAGGAAACCGCAGCAGAGGCAGAGUGAACCUGCGCAGGGACGGUACUAUAAAGUUUGAGGAAGAUUUUGAUUUUGAAACGUCCAAUGCUCAGUUUCAUAAAGAGGAUAUUGAAAAGGAAUUUCAAAACAAGCUAAAACUCAAAGAUGACAAAGCCGAUAAACCCCUAAAUGGAGAGGAAAGUGCUGAAACUGAGCCAGUAGUGAAUGAGGGGGCUGCUGUGGAAGAAGCUGCCAGCACCUACUACGACAAGUCAAAGUCAUUCUUUGAUAACCUAUCUUGUGAUGGCUCAAGGAAAACGGGUGAAAGGGGAUUUUUUAAUGGCAGAGACAGGCGGCCCACCUGGGCUGAGGAGAGGCGCAUGAAUGCAGAGACUUUUGGUAUCCCUCUGCGGCAUAGAGGCCGUGGGGGCUUUCAUGGCAGGGGAGGAUUUGGGCCUCGAGGAAGUCGUGGACCCAGACCCUCUAGUCGGGGCUCUUUUGGACCGCCUCGCGGUGCCCCACCCGGGUUCAGAGGAGGAUACAGAGGAGGAAGAGGACGAGACUUCUCUGACUUUGAAUACAGGAAGGAUAACAAAGUCGCAGGAUAA